AAGGUUUUCUCUUCGCUCCGUAUCAACGAGAUUUAGUGAAUUUUAACAUUUUAGCUGCGUUUAUUUAUUUAAUCGAUAUUAUAACGGCAUUUUAAAACGAGUGGUAGGUUUUUCAGUGAAAAUAGGGGUUGUCAUUUCAAUGUAAAAGACGAUACUAAAAAUAGAUCGCCGACAUACUUGGAAAUCGUUGAUCCUUCUCAUUCAUGAAAUACAUUCAUUUUGUGUUCAGCUGUGCUGCUAUAUAGGUCGGUUGAGACUUUAUUAGAAAAUUUAUCAGUGAAUGAACUGCAUCCAAAAUAAGAUACGUCUGUGAACGGAAUCACCUUAAUUUAACGAAGACACCGCAAACAGACGAACAGAGAAAUGGCGACGACAGAGGGCGGUCUGGCGCCGGGCGGCGAUGAUAUGCCGGUGGGUGGGCCCAAGACGCCGCAGCAGAUCGCUGCCCAGCGCCGUCUGCAGCAGACGCAGGCCCAAGUCGAUGAGGUGGUUGAUAUUAUGAAAACAAACGUGGAGAAAGUGCUGGAACGAGAUCAAAAACUGUCCGAGUUAGACGACAGAGCAGACGCUCUCCAGCAGGGCGCAUCACAGUUCGAGCAACAAGCUGGUAAACUGAAAAGCAAAUUCUGGUUGCAAAACUUAAAGAUGAUGAUAAUCGCCGCUGUGAUUGGCAUCAUCAUUUUGGCUCUAAUCAUCGCCAACUUUAUGUGAACAAGUUUCGGUCUGUAAACACCCAAGGAGGAUUAUAGCUGCGUACCAUUUAACAUCGAUGCUGGUGCCAGCGUUACAUUCUUUUUAUUAAAUUUAAGUGUUUAUUGAAAUGUUCUCAAUUUAUAAAUAACAAAUAUAUAAAAAUAAUGUUUCGAACAUUUGACUACAUAUUUCCAUUACAUAUUUAACCUAUAGCAUACUAAAACAUUUCACGCGUCCUACUUACGUCACUUUCAUUAAAACUGAUAAAUCUAAAUAGAGUAUUUUUAGACGAUCUUUUUUGUUUAAAAAUUUACCUUAAAAAUCAAUAUCCUAACCACUUAGUACUAGUUAAGGCUUGUCUAUAUAUCACACCUCAUAGUUAUGUUGGAAUAAUUUUUAAAAAUAUAUUUUUAAUGUUUAUUAGCCAAUUAUAACAUUAAAUGUUUGUAAAAAAAGGCAAAAUAUCGGUUAUAGCUUGGUAUUGUAUAAUUUCUUUAUUUUUGUAACAACUUUCUAUAUACUUUAUAAGAUAUAUUAUGCUCUUCGGUAAUUCCGAUAAGAAUACCGGAGAACAGUAUUGAUAUCAGCAUUUGGACUCUUUUAUGGCAAUUUUCAGUUUAGCAAUCUCUGAAUUUAAAUAUGGAAAUACAAUACUUAUCAUUUAAUGGAUGGGAUUUAUUGCUUAUUUUUGAAGAAGAUAUCAAAAUAUAAAAAGCAACAUAAACUACCUCACAAAAUUUUGACCUAUUCCUUAUUUAUAUAAAAAAAUUUACCUCUUUCUAUUAUUCAUUUAUAUCUUAAAACAAUUACAUAUUUUUGUACUACUAUUUUUUGUAUAAUUUUCUAUAUUAAUUGCUAAGCAAGAGGAAUCAAUAUUUUCUUGCUAUAAUUGAAUCCAAGGCCCAUAAUUACGAAUAAAAUUGGUGAUAAUUUUGUGUACCAUAUUUAAAUUCAGAAAAAACACGUAUGAUUGUGAAAUGAAAUUUUGUUCAGAGCGUUUUAAUAUAAUGCUCAAAAAAAAAAAUUUUUGUGU